AUGCCGUCGUCGGACAAGGCGCCGAAGCCGCUGAACCUGCUGGAGUACCACCGCCCGAAGCGGCUGAAGCUGAGCGCGGCGCGGAUCCCGCCGCUGAGCGCAGAGUCGCGCCGGUGCCUGAAGAACCUGGCCGCCCACCACGCCGCGCCGCUCCCGUUUGCGCUCCCGCGGGCGCGCUGUGCGGCGGUGCUCGUCGCGCUGUUUGUGGGGAGGAACGGGGACUUGUAUGUCCUGCUGAACCGACGGUCGGCGACGCUGCGGUCGUAUGCGGGGGACACGAGUUUGCCGGGUGGGAAGGUGGAGAGGCGGGAUAGGACGAUUGAGGACACUGCGCGGCGGGAGGCGUUUGAGGAGAUCGGGCUGCCGCUGAACCGGAUGAAGGUCCCAUUACUCUGCAUCCUCGAGCCCUUCCUGGCAUCCAACAACCUCGUCGUCACACCAGUUGUCGUGCUGAUUCUCGACAACACGCUCCGCCCAAUCCUCAACACGGCCGAGGUCGCCGCGCUCUUCUCGCACCCACUGUCUGCGUUCCUCUCCUCCGACCCGCCGUUUCCCGCCGAGCCCGAAACGCUCGAGGUGCCCUACCACUCGUCCCACGAGUGGACCUACGCCGGCCCGAACGGGGCGCAGCACGUUGGGCGGGUACAUCGCUUCAUCACGGGGAGAGAGGCGGGCGGGAUCAAGCCUGUGUUCGGGCUCACAGCGGCAAUUCUGAUCCACGCCGCGACCGUCGCCCACGCGUGCGAGCCCGAUUUCGAGGUCACGCAUCCGCAGGGCAUGAGCGGGCCUGCACGCAUCGCGUGGGCGGUGCUUACCAACCCGGCGUUUCGUAAGGCGUACGAGGCGGAGAAGAUGGGGAAGAGUGUGGAUUGGGCGGUGAUUAGGCGUGUGGCGGGGGUGGUGGAUGAGGGCGAGGAGACGGAUGGGAAGAAGGGAAGGAGGAGAAGGAGGGAGCAUAAGCUGUGA